ACAAUAUUGAAGCUCUAUCUCCCUGCAGACUCCCAUGGCUUUCUCUCGAUCUCCGCCUCAGAACUCAUUUUCAUCCUUCUCUCCUUUCCCACAGACCUUGAGAAGAAACCCUCUUCACCAUUUGCCCAUUAGAGCUGUAAAAGCUGCUGCAGAACCAGAAAAGGAGAAACUGAAACAGGAAAAAACUCCCCAAGAGUCUAGUUCCAAUGCUCAACCUUCAAGUGCAAGCAAAGGCACAGCUACUCUUAAGCCUCCAAAGAAGCCCGUCUAUUCCAUGAAGAAGAGUCAGAUUGUGAGGGUGGACAAAGAAAAGUAUCUCAAUAGUGUUAAUUAUCUAUCAGUUGGACAUCCACCUUAUUACAAAGGGUUGGACUAUAUUUAUGAAGACCGUGGUGAGGUACUGGAUUUGCGCAUAUUUGAGACCGGAGAGUAUGCACUGAUUGCAUGGGUUGGGGUACCUACCGCACCAGCAUGGCUUCCAACAGACAUGCUCAUCAAGUCGGAGAAACUCGAUUAUGAGAGACUGUGAUGCAGGCAGGCAGACAGGGAACGCUUAAAAUGCAAGAGGACAAGGUAGUAAUGACUCAGUAAGUCAGUAAUGCUAAGAAAUACAUGAACAUCCAGCAUUUGAAAUCUUUCUUUUACUUCUGUAAAAAGUCAAUGUAAUGGAAUUAAAAGACCAAGAAAAAUAUGAUCAGUUCAACCACGAGAAUUAUUUCUCAUUCAUAUUACAAAUAUGUAUAAUUGAACAGCUGUGCCAUAUCCAUUUCAUAAUGAACGGGUUAUUAAUUC